CACGAGGUACCCCCAGUGGUUCCAUCCACGUCUCUUCCUGCUGCCCCUGAGAGAGCCCAAGCCCCUCUCGCGACCUGCGACGGCCCUGCGAGGAACUCGUCAUGCUGACGGAAGAAAUGAAGGUCUGGCACGGAGUAGUGAUCGCAGUGGUGUCUCUGGUACUGCAGGCCUGCCUCCUCGCAGCCGUCAACUACCUGCUCAGCAGGCACAUGGCCAAGGAGAAUGAGCGGAUACUGAAGAGGGCCAGGCUUCAGGUCCCCAGGGCCAGCCCUGCCCACUACUGCCCACCUGCUGCCAAGGAGAUGAAGGAGACUCGGGCAGAGAGAGGCACCCCUGUGCCUGAGCCCCGUUACUCGCAUGACAGUGACAUGUCCUCAGACAGCUCCAACAGCUUGGAUGGCUCACCUCCCACCCACCAGGCCACCAAGGAUGUGAACUACACACAAGUGGUCUUUUCAGCUCCCGGAGGACGAAGAAAUGACUCUGUCCCGGACUAUGAGAACGUAAAGGAAGCCACAGAUUACGUCAAUGUCAACCCAGAAAGCCACAAGCCCUGGACUUUUGUAAACCCUGGUGUCUUUGAGCCAGUGGAACACACCCAAGUGGCCAUGUGA